AUGGAAAAUACUGAACUAGACAAGGCCUGUUCCUCUGAGGACGGCCAACUCACUAGAAGCAGAAGCUUCAAAUCGAAACAACUCGUGCGCAGUCAGGCGAUACGGGAAUCGACGUCCCCGCCCCGCACCGCCUCGCCCUACGACUCGGGUCGCGUGGGAUCGAGCCCCGAGGCUGUCGACGUGGAUCCGAAGGAGGGUCACGUCCGCAGCGUCACUAACGUCAUUUGCGAUGACAAUAAGCUGCCGGUACAGAUACAGAUAACGUCGGGAGGAUGGGAGGAGAACUACAGCGAACAGCGGGUGCGCACGCGCAGAUGGCUCGGGCAGAGGCCGCACUCGGAUUCUUCGAGGGACUUCCUCUCGUACAACCCUCGCGUUACUUGUGUCUGCGGAAAAUGCGCCUGUCCACAGUGCAGGGGAAAGAGAAAAACAAUAUGCGCGAUGAAGCAGGAUUCAGGAGUUGUAUGCUCCGUGGAUUGUCCUGAUUGCUCGGAGGCUGAUAAUAUUGGUUCAAAUGGAAGAUCUGCUGGCACAGAUGUAGAUGAACCAGUAUUUUAUUGCAGAUGCCCCGAGAGGAGAGAAAAACUUAAGACGCUCGCGUUGGCUGGCGGCGAGACAGAGGAAAAGUCUGAACUCACCGAGCAGGAUCUCGUGAAUUUCCUCAAGGACACGCUGAACAAAAAUCCAAAGGACAGAAUCACAUUGUUGAGGAUCGAGAAGGAGUUGCACGCGCUAGUCAACGAUGUGGGCCGCUGCAUAGUCAGGUUUCCCGUGAUGACGUCAUACGGCCGAAUGCUGGUCCACCGGGUGGCAGCACUUUUCCAGCUGGCGCACCACAUCGACCACGCCAGCAAGACCUGUGUCGUGGUCUCUAAGAGUGGUACUAGCGGUGGUCGGGUGCCGUGCACCAGUUUUAAACAGUGGUGCACCCGAGUCUUUCCCAAGUCACCGCCCCGGAGGCACGACGAUACGCUCGCUAAAUCGAUACUCAAGCGUUCCGGGAAUGUGUCCGAAGCGAGUGGUGGCGGGGCGGACGCGCCGCGGAGUAAAUCGCUCGAACAGCGCGAGCGCGACUACGAGAAAGCGAGACGGAGGAUAUUCAGCAUGGCGGAGAAUUGCUCACAGGACGAAAACCAAUGGCCGUGGCUUCCAUCCGGACCGGUCAAACUGCUCACUCCGGAUGGAGGCAGAAAUAAGCUUGUAAAGGUAAAGUCUUUGGAAACUCGGGAGCCGCAAGAGUCCACAACGCGCGGGCCCGUCUCCAAGAGCCACAGCUUCGGCGGGUACACGGCUGAACCUCAGCAGCCGAGACUCCUAAGCAAACAAGGUGACCUGGCUUCCAGCAGUUGGCGCGUGUCCCCGUCAAGUUCUGGAUAUAAGACGCUGAGUUUGCGAAGUACUGACUCCGUAACACCAUCGCCUACUGGUGGCGCUAGCCCAGAGCCGGGAAGCGAAGCUGCGACCCUCGUCUGGGCUGUCACGGAUUUAUCGUCUGUGCCGCCCGGAGCUGUAGUUAUACAUCCACAGACAGGCCGUCCUCUAACGAAUCCAGAUGGAUCAAUAUACCAUUUCGAUCCUGCUAAUCCGCCCGUAGUCUACAAUGAUAAGAAUGAUGUUAAUGAGAAACGAAGAGGGAAAUUGGAAAAGCAACAUUCGUUUAUGGCCAAUGAGUGCGAUUGUUCUAGUGACUGCAGGAAAUGUUGUUGUGAUUGUCAACAAAAUGGUGAUCAGAAGUGUUGUACGGAUAAGAAAUCACCUCGAGGGUCCAAAACCAAUUCAGUACCAAACAGUCCGGCGAAAUGCCGGAAACCGAUUGAAUCUUCACCGGAACCCAUCAAUCUUAAACCGGAAAUCGAACCAAAAGCAUUCGAAGCCCAACCGAAAAUAAUAGAGAGUCGGCAGUUUCAAAAUUCGAAUUUCGAAAACCAAAAACCGGUCGAGAGCAAGAAACCGUUAAAACCGCAAAAGUCAUUCGAAUCUCAAAAGUUUGAAGCUCGACCGCAGUUCGAAAGGAAAAACUCGCCGCCGACCAAUCAAGUACCGGCAGUUGAGUCGCCCAAUCAGAGGUUCUACGAGUCGACCAAUCAGCGGCCGGUCUUUGAAAAUAGAACGUUCGAAAAUCAGGCAAGGAAAGCUCCCGAAACUCAGUUUCACCAGCAUGUGGAAUACAAUCAGAAUUAUAUGCCAGGAUAUAGGAAUGAUGAGGUCACGCCACCGUUAGCCAUGCAUACCGUGAACUAUCAGGAACCAGAGCCACAGCAAAUGUUAGCACAGAACAAAGCUACUCCUUUGCCCAUACACGAUCCCAAUAUUAGGCCACUAUCGGUGACGAACGUGAUGUAUCCAGUGCCUCAAGCAUACCAGUACGUCACUCCCUGCAGAAUGGACCACCAGAUGCAGCCGAUGUAUCAGCCAAUGAUGGUGCCGGAAGAACAGAAGCCGUCGUACAUGCCCCCUUCGCACACAGAUAAUACAUUCCGGAUAGACCCCAGUUACCCAUACCCGACGGAGUUCAACGCGUACAGCGGAUGUCAGGAACCGGUCUUGCAGCGUGGGUACAAUAUGGGCUAUGGUCAAGUGGAGGUGCCGACUGUGGUGCCGACGUAUCCCGUGCCGAACGUUAUACUGCAGCCGCCUAUACAGCAUUAUCCGACAUAUCAGGAACCGAUUCAGUGGCAGGGCAUUCCGUCGACCGUCCCCAUCGCCAACCCGGCCGCGCCCAAAUUUAUGCUCCACGACAUGUACCCCGUGGUCUGCCCCAACGUGGGGUACCAGCCUUACAAUAUGGUCUAUCCUCAGAUGGUGCCGCAACCCUACCCCAUGUGUCAACCAGUGUACCCGGUUGUUGAGAAAGCACCAGAGCAGCACCACAGGAAUAACCCCACGCAGCGGAGGCGCCCCUCUCUCCCUAACUCUUCUCGGAACACGCCUCAAACACCGCAAGAGAAGAAAGAAGAUAACGCAGACACAAAGGAGAUCGCUGCUAAAAUACAGCAGAUUAAGGAACAAAUGGCGCAAAUGAAUACGAAGGAGAGAAGUGAGAAGAGAACAGAGUGGCGCUCGCACAACAGCGGUAGCGGAAUCCUUGGCAGCUAUCCGGCGAAUAACUACAACGGGAGGAUUCAUCGGAGAACGACGAACGACGAUCCACAGCUGAAUACGGUCGCAAGGGUCAUAGUCAAUUCGAUAAGGAAUAUUCAUAGCGUGGAUAGUUAUUCAAGUAGGAGAUACGACACCAGAACUGAACAGAGACCAGAAUUUAAACACAAGCUAAAGCCGGACCGCGAGGACAAGGAGAACCCGAGGGCGGAGCACAAACCGGUCGUGCGGUCGGACAGACCGGACCGGGGGGGCAGAGACAGAAAUAGGGGGCUGUUGAGGGACACCUACCCGAUGCAAAUCACGCAGCCAUACCUGUUUAGACAGAUGUCUCCAGGGACUUGGUGCAGGCAGUCACCUGGGCCUGUCCAUCCAGUUUUAAAUCCACCACGAAGACCAAACCCAGACAAAUACCCGCGUCGUUAA